AUGAAUACUAGUUCGGCUCGUUGUAGAAAGAGACAAGUGCGGACACAACGCAAUACCAUUCAAAAUACAUCCUCCUCUUCGGUAUCUUCUGAAAUAAUUUUAACACAAAUGACUCACGAAAUAAAAGCCAAUAUUUUAUCUCUUCCCGAUGAACUACUCACAAGGAUUUCAUUCCAUUUAACUUUACCUGAAUAUUCACAUUUAUCUCGAACUUGUAGGAUAUUAAAUUCACAUUUUCAACGAGAACUUAUUUUGUUCCUCCGUCAUGUAUAUGGCCGUUCAGUACAUUCAGGUUCAUUAAUUCUUUUUGCAUAUGGUGCACAUUUACAAUAUCGAGCACCAAGAUUACUUGAUCGUAUUAUGGAUGAAUUUUUUGUUGAUUCAACUAAUAAUAUAGGAUACGCUUAUUCAGGUUACUUAAGUAUAUCCCGUCAAGCAAAUACAAAUUCAAGAUGGCCGACAUAUUGGUCGGUUUUAUAUUCACUUGAUAAAGCUCCUACCUUAGAUCCUCCCCAAAAUUAUACAUGUUUUUCUGGCGAUGGCGCGUGUUAUCUUCAGCCCCACCAGAACAUGUCUAAUUAUAAAUGCGCUUCCACCCAAUAUAAUGGUUCGGAAACGAUAUCAUCAUCCACAAAUCCAAAAUUAGAAUUUCUUGAAAAAUAUGUGGCGAGAAUGAAUUCAAAAUUUGCAAGAUGUUCUGCUGGAAGUGUUGAACAAUCUUCGAAUUCUGAUAAUAAUGGACGUUGGCAUAUUUCAGAUAUAAGGGAGAAAAAAACAUAUAGGAUGUUGAUAAUGCAAAAUAUUCGAUAUGGGGACGUUGAUCUUUUAAAAUUUUAUUUGGAGAAUUAUGGUGCACCUGUAAAUGGUGUUGUUCGAUUUACACCAGAGGAGCAAGUUUAUCUAAUGCAAGAGCGGGAGUUGAUGGAGUUAUUAGAUAAACAUGGUAUACGAGUAGUAGUGACGGAAUGA